AUGGCCGUUGAAACCGAGAUCCCCUUCACUUCGAUAAAACCUGGUCAGGUUAUUCUUGCCAGGCUGUCGUGUGGUGCUGAUGCUAUCGGAAAGGUCAUGGCCGAAACUGACAAUGACGAUACUGUCGCUCAUGGCUCACUAGUGGUCCAGAUCUACGACUCGCAUGAUGGCAAUAAAUUUUUCCCGGUGUGGUUAUCUCAUGACGGUUCCACUUACACUGGUGACACUCCGGAAAACGCUCAGCGGGACAGUCCGCUCCUGCGUACGGUGUCUUCGGUACUCAUGCGUAUCAAUCUGACUCCGACGAACAUGCUCAAGGACACCUCACGCGCGGCUAUGGUUGAGGCAGGAUACCUUGAGGCGUAA